AUGCCUAUGAUAAAGCUGCAGAGUUCGGAUGGAGAAGUGUUUCAAGUCGACUUUGAGAUCGCCAAGGCUUCGGUGACGAUCAAAACUAUGGUGGAAGACUUGGGCCUGGAAGAGGAAGACGAGGAGAUCGUCCCGUUGCCCAAUGUGAACGCUGGUAUAUUGAAGAAAGUCAUCCAGUGGGCAACCUACCACAAGGACGACCCACCACCGGCCGAAGACGACGAAGGACGUGAAAAGCGCACCGACGAUAUAUCCAGUUGGGACGCGGAUUUCUUGAAGGUGGAUCAGGGUACGCUGUUUGAACUCAUAUUGGCCGCCAACUAUUUGGAUAUCAAAGGCUUGUUAGAUGUAACUUGCAAGACAGUCGCUAAUAUGAUCAAGGGUAAGACACCCGAGGAAAUAAGGAAAACCUUCAACAUCAAAAAUGAUUUCACGGCCGCAGAGGAAGAUCAAGUACGUAAAGAGAAUGAAUGGUGUGAGGAAAAGUAA